AUGUGCCGGGCUCAGCCCACCCAACGCCAGGCCUCAGAUGACCGAUCCAAGAGCCCCAGGCCCCGGGGCCCAACACACCAAGGCAACUCGAUGGAGAUCACGGACUGCCAGAUUGGCACAGAUACCAAUUCAGGCUUUCAGCAGAUUGAGGUUUGCUCGGAUUGGGUGCUGAAGGUGGUUUUCAUGGGGAGAGCCCCAGGUUUUCAUGGGCACUGGCGGGGUCCGACCAAGGCAGAAGAGUGUGGGAAUGCCAGUAAUUCAGAAGAAGACCAGAACAUCAGCAGCACAGAGAAUCAGUCUGUCUCCAACACACAGAGACUGUUGGAACCCAAGUCACAUGCUCACCACACCAAAAUAGAUGUCAUUAGGAAAGAGCACGCCAAAAAUACCCAACGCUACAAAUACGAUUCACAAAGCACAGACACACUGAAUUUCUCUUCUGAGUCCAAGCAGGAGACUGAAUAUGGUCCUUGUCGCAGAGAAAUGGAAGACACAUUAAACAACCUAAAGAUUCUGAAUGUCUUAAGCCCGAGAGGACUGCAUAUUCCAAAUUGUGACAAGAAGGGAUUCUACAAGAAAAAACAGUGUCGUCCAUCCAGAGGCCGAAAAAGAGGAUACUGCUGGUGUGUGGAUAAAUAUGGGCAGCGACUCCCUGGAUAUGAUGGGAAGGGGAAAGGAGAUGUCCAUUGCUACAAUCUAGAAAGCAAAUGAGGGAUAUCCACCACCUUCUGUGGAAUCUGCGUGUGGCAUUUUAACUAUCAGAAGCCUUGGAAUGACUGGGCUGCAGCAUAGACUGCGCUAGACUUGGGAGCUCAGAGUUUUGUCCCUUCUUAUACUGCAGGGAGUCAGUCUCUGUGGUCUCUGCAGCUGCAACCUGCCACUGACACACUUCUGGCUUUCCAUUUUGCCACACAAGGAGUUCUGAAAUCCCAACUAAAUCUGCACUAUGGAUACCCAGAAAAAAUUUAAAGGGCUAAAAGGCACUUCAGAAUGGAUUCAGGGAGUCUCCACUGACUUUGUGUUUUUGUGUGUGUUUUUUUAAUUAACAGCCUGUGACCAAUUUGAUCCCGAAAGAUAACUCUCCUUCUGUGUUGAAGAAUUUAUAGACUGUAAGCUUUGUAAAGAUAUUAAACAUACUGGAUAAGACCCAAUCCAAGCUAAGCACUUUUUAAGUUGCCUGGAUUUCAGUUGGGGAGUUAAGCAUGAGCUCAUUUUUAUUCCAGUGAAAUUACUUAUAAGUAAUAUAGUGUGGAGUGGAUCACACCCAAGGUUUCAAAGUAAAAGCAUUUUUAUUUUGUCUUUAUACAGGUCUGACGAGAAACUUUUAUCUUCACGGGUAAAAUAUUUUAUUAAAAAGAAAGCUCAAAGAACUUUUUUUAAAGAAACAUGUUUCUACUUGGCUAUUUUUUCUGUAAAAUAUACUGUAUUAUGAAUAUUCUGUUAGUCUGUAUUUAAUAUAAUUGUUUUUUUAAUAAACUAUUUAAAUAUAA